CCACCACCGGAGUCGGUGUCUCCGUAACUACCACUUCAACCACGCUAACCACGACUUUUAUCAAUACAACCACACCUACAACUACGUCAAACAACUUUAUAACAACGUCAGUCUUCCCUGAAAUCACAUCAGUGGCCUCUACAACCACCAUUGCAACGACGUCAGCUACUCCUGCAACCACAUCAACCACGUCUGCAGCCACGUCAAUCACUUAUACAACCACCCUUAUAAUCACCACUACAUUCACGUUAAUCACACCCAUAAACACGAAGUUCGACACUACAACCAUGUCAGCCACCCCUACAACCACAAUCACCACGUCAAUCUCCAAUUCUCCUACGUUACCUACUCCUUCAAACUCAACAACAAUCCCGUCAACAACACUCACACUAAUUACCACUACAACUACAUCAACCACCCCUACAAUAUCUACCACGUCAAGACCCCCACCAACCAUGUCAUUUACCCCUACAACAACGACAACAACAUCUUUAACUAUGACAACCACUUCUACAACCUUAACCACAACCACGACAACAAGAAUCACACCAACUAUUACUACAGAUACUUUAAGGGUUACCCCUACAUCUACCACAAUCACGUUAACUCCCCCUACAACCACACAAUCCACUAUUCCAACUACACCAACCACACCUACAUACACUACAAUCGCUGCUAUAACCACACCUGCCAUAACCACUUCGACCAACGCUACCAGCACAACAACUAUCAUUUUAUCCUCGUCAAUCACAUCCACAACAACGUCAGACACUACUGCAACCACGCCAGCCACCACAACAAGCAUACCGAUAUCAACAACCAUCAUUGCAACCAGCACUACAACCAUACCUACUACCUAUACAUAUGCUACAACCAUGGUUGUAACAGAAACAACCAAGUUAAUACAUACAACCCUGACAACCACUGAUACUGCCACGCCAACUUCCUCUACAACCAUGCACACGACCUCGACACCCAUCACCAUAGCUAUGUCAACCAUUCCUACAACCACGCCAACCGAGUCCACAACCUAUUUAUCUACGUCAGCCAGUCCCACAACUAACACCACAACCACGUCAACAACCGUACCAAGUAUGUCUUUUAUCUUUACAACUACGGAAUCCACCACUCCAAACAUACCAUCUACUUUUACAACAACUGCUACAACUACAUCAACAACCACUACAACAACAACCACGCCAGUUACAUUCAUACCUAUGUUAACCACUUCUACAAUCUCCACUACAACCACGACAACAACAAUCACAAAAACCACCACUACAGAUACCUCAAAGACGACUACAACCACACCUACCACAAUUACAACCUCUACUAUAUUAUAUAUCACUCCAUCCACGUUAACCACCUAUAAAUCAACCAGUAGAGACACUUCAAUCAUAACUACAUCAACCAUAACCCUGUCAACCACUCCCACUACACAAUCAGUUAUGUUGGUCACCCCUACAACAACAACUACAACAACCACGCUAAUCACAACAACAGCACUUACAUCAACAUCUACCAUUACAACAGCUACACAAACAACUUUUUCUACAACCAUCACAAAAACCAUCAUUACACACACGUCAACAACAGCUACAACCACGACACCCACUGCUAUAGAUACGUCAACUACCACAACAACCACACCUGUAUUAACAUCUUCAACUAAAACCACAACUACAACCACCCAAACAGCUGUCGCUACAACUGUCCCAACCACCACCACCACAACAACGACGUCGACAACAGAUACAACAACGACCGCAACCAUAUCAACUAAUUCUACAACAAUUCACACAACCACGUUAAACACUUCAACAACCGUUACACCCAUCACUACAACUACGUCAGCCACCCCGAUAACCACAAUAACCAUGCCAGCUACCGUUUUUAUAAUUUCAACCAUUAAUACAACCACAACCACGUCAACAUCAACCACACCAACCAUCUCUACAGAUUCUUCAAACAUCACAACUAUCAUAUAUACAACAACCACGCUACCCACCCCUACAACCACACAAUCCGACAUUCGAACCACGCCAACCACCUCAACAACAACGCCAAACCCAACUACAUCAACUACCACUACUGGCACUUCUAUUAGUACUGCAACCACAUCAACCACAACCAUUUCAACCACCAAUACUGCCAUACCAAAUAUAACAUUAACCACAUUAAUCACCUCUACAACAAUGUCAAUCAUUAUUACAACCACGCAAAUCACAACAUCUACUAAUACAACCACUACAGUAACUACACCAACUUCACAAGCAACUAUUGCUACAACCAUCUCUGCAAUCACCAUGACAAACACGUUAACAAUAGCUAUAACAACGCCAAUCACCAUAACAACCACACACAUAACUACAUCCACCACGGCAACUACAACCACCUCCACAACUACUAAUAACACAACAAUAACCACGUCAAUAACGGCUGAGAACAAAUUUACCACCGUAACCUCUACAACCACAACAACCAUGUCAUUCAUGUCGUCUACUAUGUCAACCACUCCUACAACCUCUCCUACAACCACGUCACUAACACCCGCACCAACAACCCCAACAGAUUCAUCGAAGUCCACAACAACCAAAUAUACCACAAUCACACCAACCACACCAACAGCAAAUCCAACCACUUCAACCAACUCUACAGCAUCUGCUACCACAAUUACACAAACCACCACUACUAUAGACUCUUCAGUCACUGCUACAACCACUUCAACUAUCGUUACUACCACUCCAACCAUGUCACUCACCCCUUCAAUAACGCCAACUACUAAUACAACCACUACAACAAGUACACCUAUAUCAACCACCAUCAUUACAACCACUAAUGCUACACCUACUACUCAUACACCCAUUCUUACAACCAUCAAUUCGACAACAACAAUAUCCACGUCAACAACAGCUACAACCACGUUAACUACUCCUACAACCACUGCAACCAAGUCAACCGCCGAUUUGUUAACCACCAGUGCAACAGACACCACAACCCUGUCAACAUCUGUUACAUCAACAACCUCUGGAGAUACUUCAGACACCACUACAACCACGUUAUUUACAUCAACAACCACGACAACAACCUGUACAUCUACACCGUGUACAACUUCGCCAUCCACCGUUGUAUCAGACAAUUCAACCACAAUCACGUCAAACAUCUCUACAAUCGUGCCAACCUCUACUAAAAUCACAUCUACCACCGUAGCAGCUACACCUAUAACCACAUCCACCAUCAUAGUCACAACUACAAGUACACCAACCAUCCAUACAACUACUUCUACAACCACUCCAAUUUCUCCUACAACUAAGACAUCUUCGACUACAACCACGUCAGUCACUGUGCUGUCAUUUACCAAUAAAACUCUCUCUACAACCACAAAAACCACGUCAGUCAUAUCGUCAACUACGUCAACUAUUCCUACAACCUUUUCUACAACCACGUUAACAACACUAGCACAAACCACCACUACAGAUACCUCAAAGACGACUACAACCACAGCUACCACAAUUACAACCUCUACAAUAUUAUACAUCACUCCAUCCACGUUAACCACCUAUAAAUCAACCAGUAGAGACACUUCAAUCAUAACUACAUCAACAAUAACCCUGUCAACCACUCCCACUACACAAUCAGUUAUGUUGGUCACCCCUACAACAACAACUACAACAACCACGUUAAUCAUAACAACAGCACUUACAUCAACAGCUACACAACCAACUUUUGCUACAACCAUCCAAAAUACCAUCAUAACACCCACGUCAACACCAGCUACAACCACGACACCCACUGCUACAGAUACGUCAACUACCACAACAACCAUCCCAAUCACCAAAACAACCACACUUCUAUUAACAUCCCCAACUAAAACCACAACUACAACCACCCAAACAGCUGUCGCUACAACUAUUCCAACCACCACCACCACAACAACAAUGACGUCGACAACAGAUACAACCACGACUCCACCCACACCAACUAACUCCAAAUCAACUCACACAACCACGUUAAACACUUCUACAACCAUUACACCCAUCACUACAACUACGUCAGCCACCCCAUUAACCACAACAAUCAAGCCAGCUACCAAUUUAACAAUUUCAACCAUUAGUACAACCACAACCACGUCAACAUCAACCACACCAACUAUCACUAAAGAUUCUUCAAACAUCACAACUAUCAUAUAUACAACAACCACGCUAACCACCCCUACAACCACACAAUCCGACAUUCGAAUCUCGCCAACCACCUCAACAACAACGCCAAACCCAACUACACCAACUACCACUACAGGCACUUCUAUUAGUACUGCAACCACAUCAACCACAACCAUUUCAACCACCAAUACUGCCAUACCAAAUAUAACAUUAACCACAUUAAUCACCUCUACAACAAUGUCAAUCAUUAUUACAACCACUCAAAUCACAACAUCCACUAUUACAACCACUACAAUAACUACACCUACUUCACAAACAACUAUUGCUACAACCAUCUCUGCAAUCACCAUGACAAACACGUCAACAAUAGCUAUAACAACGCCAAUCACCAUAACAACCACACACAUAACUACACCCACCACUGCAACUACAACCACCUCUACAACUACUCCUAAUAACACAACAAUAACCACGUCAAUAACCGCUGAGAACACAUUUACCACCGUAACUUCCUCUACAACCACAACAACCAUGUCAAUCAUAUUGUCAACUACGUCAACCACUCCUACAACCUCUACUACAACCACGUCACAAACUCUCGCACCAACAACCACAACAGAUUCAUCGACGACCACAACAACCAAACAUACCACAAUCACACCAACCACACCAUCAGCAAUUCCAACCACUUCAACCAACUUUACAGCAUCUGCUACCACAAUUACACAAACCACGACCACUAUAGACACUUCAGUCACUGCUACAACCACUUCAACUAACGUUACCACCACUCCAACCAUGUCACUCACCCCUUCAACAACGCCAACUACUAAUACAACCACUACAACAAGUACACCUAUAUCAACCACCAUCAUUACAACCACUACUGCUACACCUACUACCCAUACAUCCAGUGUUACAACCAUCAAUACGACAACAAUAAUACCCACGCCAACAACAGCUACAACCACGUUAACUACCCCUACAACCACUGCAACCAAGUCAACCGCCGGUUUGUUAACCAUCCCUGCAACAGACACCACAACCCUGUUAACAUCAGUGACAUCAACAACCUCUGGAGACACUUCAGAAACCACUACAACCACGUUAUUUACAUCAACAACGACGACAACAACCUGUAUAUCUACACCAUGUACAACUUCACCAACCACAGUUGCAGCAGACAAUUCAACCACAAUCACGUCAAACAUCUCUACAACCGUACCAAGCACUACUAAAAUCACAUCUACCACCAUAACAACCACACCUAUAACCACAUCCACCAUCAUAGUCACAACUACAAGUACACCAACCACCCAUACAACUACUUCUACAACCACUCCAGUUUCUCCUACAACUAUGACAUCUUCGCCUACAACCACGUCAGUCACUGUGCCGUCAUUUACCAAUAAAACUCUCUCUACAACCACAAUAACCACGUCAGUCACAUCGUUAACUCCGUCAACCAUUCCUACAACCUUUUCUACAACCACAUCAACAACACUCACACAAAGAACCACUAUAGAUUCAUCAAACACAACAAUAACCACAUAUACCACAAUGACGCUAACCACAUCAAUUAACUCUUCAGCAUUGGUAACAACUACACCAACCACCCUUACAGACACUUCAAUCACUACUACAACCACAACAACAAUAACCACUUCAGCUAACGCUACCAUUCUACCAUCUGUUACUUCAACCACGCCAACCACCACAAGAAUCACACAAAUAUCAACAACUAUCAUUACAACCACUACUACACCUACUACCGAUACAUCAACUACAAUCAUCCCUAACACCACAACAAUAACCACGUUAACAACACCUACAGCCACAUCCACCGAUAUAUCCACGCUAACUACCUCUUUAAUCAUGUACAUUACAACUUCCAACACCGCAACCACGACACCCACCACUACAAGCACGCCAACCACCACUACAACCACGUCAACCACCUGUUUAACGGUGUCAACCAUUCUCACAAAUGUCACCACAGAUACUUCAAUAACCGCUGAAUUCAUGUCAUAUAACUCUACAACCACGAAAUCCACCACUUCAAACACACAAACUACCCUUACAACAAACACUACAACCACUUCAUUAAUUACAUCAUCCACUUUUACAACCUCCACUACAACCACAUCAACAACACUCACACCAACAGCCACUACAUAUGAUGCUUCAAAGGCGAUUACAACCACAUUUGCUACAAACAUACCAAGCAUCCCUUUCACCAUAACAACCACAACUUCAUAUGUUUCAAUCACUACUACAACCAUCUCAACCAUAACCCUUUCAACCACCCCUAUUGCCACACCAACUAUAACAACUACCACGCGAGUCAGUUCGGCAACAACACUAACCACAACUACAACCACGUCAACAACAGCUGCAUUAUUGACAUCCAUCACUGAAGCCACGCUAACUACCUCUUCAACCAGUCAUACAACCUCUUCAACCAGUCAUACAACCUCGUCGAACAUUUAUACAAGCACGGAACCUAUUACUACAGCCACGUCACCCACCCCAAUAACCAAGUCAACUACCGAUUUAACCACGCCAACCACUCUUACAACCGACAACACAACCGCGUCAGCCACACCAACCACAACUAGCGAUAAUUCAGAGACCACUACAAACACAUCAACUACCAUAACCACUCCAAUUACCUUUACAAGGAUGUCAACCACAACCACCACCACCACACCUAUAAUCAUAUCCAUCAUUACAGUAACUACUACAAAUACUUCAACCACAAAUACAAAUAUUACCACAACUGUUCCUACUACCAUCACAACCAUGUCAACAACCUCUACAACCACGCCAUUUACCACUUCAGACACGACAUCCACUACUACAACCACGUCGACCACCCCGACAACAACAUCUACCAUUCAAACUACGCCAGCCACCAGUACAGACACUUCAAUCACCAGUACAACAUCCAUAACUAUUUCAACCCCCGCUACCACCAUACCAACUGUAAAUUCAAACACGUCAAUUAAUCCUACUGCAAUGUCAAUCACUACUACAACCACGCCAACCAUAACAACCACAUCUAUAUCAACAUCCACCAUUAUAAGUCUUACAUCUAGUGUUACAACCAUCCCUACAACCACGACAACAACGCCAAUAGAAGCUACAGCCACAACAUACAUCACUACAGCCACGUCAACUAUCCCUACAACCAAGUCAACCAUCGAUUUAACCUUAUCAACCACGCCUACGGUAUCCACAAUAUCAACUACAUCAGCCUCCUCUGUAGAUACUUCAAAGACCACUACAACCACAUUAUUUACUUCUAUAACAACCACAACAACCCCACGUAUAUCUACACCAUAUACAACUUCAUCCACCCAUACAUCAACGCCAUCCACAACUACAACUGUCACUAUAUACAAUGCAACCACAAGCCUAAUCACGUCAACCAUCUCUACAAUCGUGCUAACCACAACUAAAAUCAUAUUUACCACCGUAGCAACCACACCUAUAACCACAUCCACCAUCAUAGUCACUAAUACAACUACAGCAAUCACCCAUACAACUAUUACAACCAUUCCAGUUUCUCCUACAACUAUGACAUCUACGACUACAACCACAUCAGUCACGGCACCCACACCAAUCGCACUUACAACCACAUCAACUAUUACAGCUAUUGCUACAGCCACACCAACCACCUCUACAACUACCACAACAACCACAUAUACAAUCCCACCAACAACCGACACAACCACUACUACGACCACAAACCAAACCCCACCAAUCCCCACUACAACUACAGCACCCACCACUAUAAUUACAUCACCCACGACACUCAUCACUAAAACAACGCCAACAACCACCUUAACUACUAUUAAAACUACUUCAAAUACCACAACACUGUCAACAACCCCCAUUACUCUGCCCACAACAAGCACACCAACUACUACCACCACCACAAGACCUAUUAUUAAAAUCACCACUACGUCUGCUCCCAUCAAUACAAGUAUGUUGAUAACUAUACUACUGUUAAUUAUUUCCAAAAUUAUCCAGUUCGACCGCACUAAUCCGGAAUUCAAUGUAACGGAAACUUAA